UUCACUGUCUGCCUAGUUUGGCGGGAUUGUUUUUCAUUUUCAUUUUACAGUUGUUUCCAGUCCUCCAUUCCAUUUGUGCGUGUACAAUUUUAGUCUAGCUCGCUAGCCAUUACGUUUUUAUUAACUUAUAUUUUACCAUGGAUGAAAUGGAUUGCGUUACUGUAAUCGCUCCUGUUAACAUUGCCGUUAUAAAAUACUGGGGUAAACGUGAUGAGAAACUAAUUUUACCGAUUAAUGAUUCCGUAAGUGUUACUCUAGAUACGAGUAUUAUGUGUGCAAAAACUUCAGUGUGUUUCGGGCCGGAAUUUACAGAAAAUGAAAUUUGGCUAAACGGAGUCAAGACAUCAUUCUCAAAUCCACGUCUCGUGAAUGUCUUGGACAAAAUUAAAAAUAUAGCUGCCACUCAAAGAAGUGUUGAUAAUGCUGUUCUCACUUGGAAAGUUCGUGUUUGUUCGGAAAAUAAUUUUCCAACUGCGGCGGGUUUGGCGUCCUCGGCAGCGGGUUAUGCUUGCUUGGUAACUGCUCUUGCUAAGCUUUAUAAAAUAAAAACGGAUGUCAGUGUUUUGGCAAGAAUAGGAUCAGGAAGUGCUUGUAGAAGCGUUUUCGGUGGUUUCGUGCGUUGGCAUGCUGGUGUUAAUGCUGAUGGUAGUGACUCCAUAGCAACACAGAUUGCAGAUUCUACACACUGGCCAGAAAUGAAGGCCUUGAUACUCGUUGUGUCAGAUAUUAAAAAACAUACAAGUUCUACAAUUGGUAUGAUGAAUAGUGUGAAUACAUCAGAUUUAUUGAAGUACCGUGCUAAAUAUAGUGUACCAAGAAGAACUGAAGAGAUAAGUGAAGCAAUUUUGAAGAAAGAUUUCACUAAAUUUGCUGAAUUGACAAUGAAAGACAGCAAUCAAUUCCAUGCUGUCUGUCUUGAUACCUAUCCCCCUUGUGUUUAUAUGACAGAUGUCUCACACAAAAUUGUUGAAAUAAUUCAUGCUUACAAUGAUAUGUGUGGAGAAUUGAAAGUGGCAUAUACCUUUGAUGCUGGUCCUAACGCAUGUUUAUAUCUUCUAGACAAAGAAGUUCCUACAGUUUUAAAUCUAAUUAAACAUUUGUUCCCAACAUCCAAUCUUGAUUUUGUUAUUGGACUAGGUGAUGUAGAUGGUGGUGAUUGUAAAUUUUUAAAUUCAUUCCCUAUACAGCCACAAGCAAAGGACAUAAUCAAAUAUGUCAUUCACACAAAGGUUGGCAAAGGACCAGAAGUUGUUACAUCACAUUUGCUAGACAAGAAAGGGAAUCCUUUAAAUGUAAACUGAAUAAUUUUAAAGUAUAUUUAUAAACUUAUAUUUGUGGUUACAGGUUGAAAGAGGUUCAUAUUUUUACAAAUUAUUUAUUAAAACUAUGGGCAAUUUAAUGUGGUAAACUUAAUUAAUAUUGUCAUUUAAAAAUAUUAUAACUUGAACUUUAAUUGCAUAAGUAAUGAUAGUUUUCUAUUUUUUCACAUAACAAGAGUACUUGAAGCAGCUAUCUACAUAGAUAUAAAGACACUUUAUGUCUCAAUAUUUAAAUAUAAAUGAAUUUCCACUGCUCAGGCAGUCAUACAAAAAUAUUUUAUUCCUUUAUGUUUCUAACAAUAUAAGUCGCAACAGUGGAAACUCAGCCUAACAUAAUUUCUAAACAGUUACUUUGUAAUAGUAUUUUAACAUUCCGUUUAAUUUUGUAAGAAAAUUGAAUAUAACAAAAAUGAAUCUAUUCCCUUGAUCUGAAUUUUUAAUGAAAAUUGUACAAUGAUUAAUAUUAAAGAUCCAUUAUUGGGUUUGGUUGCAAGGCUCUCAUUAUUUUAAUAGAAAAGAUAAAAGAAAAUAUUUUUCUUAUUUAAUAAGAAUAAGGUAAAAUAUUUAUUUUUAAGAGAAUAAGGAUGUUUUUAUUGAAUAUUUUUAUUAUACAAUGUUCUAUUACUUUGUGUUUGUUUUGACCUUUGCCCCAGUCUUAACUGACUAGAAUAUCUGUACAUUACUCACUUAACUCCUUCACAUUGACAAAAGAAUUGUAAAUUUUGUGUUACUUGCCAACUUACAAAAAAAUUUACAUUAUAAUAUGCUCUUUGUUGCACAACAGUGUUACAAUAUUAUAGCUUUGAUAGAGAAGUACUGAUAAUAAAACUUUUUUUUAUACCAAUGUAAAUUUUUAUGUAACAAUUAAUAAUUGUUACAAGUGAAGGUUGUAAAAACAGUUACUACAUAUGUAAUUACAGAGAAAAAAGUGCUAUUCCAUUAAGUGGCAAAAAACCUGUGGAUCAACUGUGACCUUUUGUUUUCUCAAAGAAAUAAGUUAAUUGCUUUGACAAUUGAAUUUAUCAUUUCUUGUAGUUCUAUAUACUUUUUGGUUCAGACCAUUUUGUUAGGGAUGUAAUGAGGAACUUUACCAUAGAAGCAGUAAUUUAAAUUACCAAAUUUUGGACAGUAAUUAUUGCAUGGUAUAUAUGUAGGGAAACUUUAAUAGUUAGUCUUCAAAGUUGUACAGCAUAAGUAACAAUAAUUGACUUGCUUGGGUAAUAAGGCAUGAAAUUAAUCCCAUGUUUCUACAAACCUUUAAAGCAACAUACUCCUCUGUUCUACUUUCUACCCGAUAUAAACUGAAAAGUUGUGUGGAAUUUACUAACAGAACUUACUUUAAAAUUCAAUACCUACUAUCUGAUAGUUUCAUGUCAAUAGGGGUCUCUGAACAUGUAGGGAAUAAUUGCUUCUAUAGAAAUUAAAAUUACUUUAUUUACAUAAUAAAAGCUAUACAGCAAUGUACAAAAAUACACAUGGAAUUCAACAUACAAUAGACUUAUCUAGAGAUCAUAAAAAAAACGCUGAAUUAUUUAUGAAGACAACUCCAUUUAUUCUUACACCUCAGUCAUUGAAAAGAAAUAUUUUCGGAUGUACAAAAAUAAAUGAAAUCA